AUGACAAAUAUAAGACAAUACAAUAGUGCUUUGUCAUUUGCAUCUUGUGGUGCUCAAAUUGAUACACUUUCUGGUACUGGGCCUUAUUGUUAUAGAAUUCAUGGACAAAUAUAUCAUAAAACUACUCAUUGUCAAACCUCAUCAACAUUCCCGCCAAAAUAUGCUCAAUUAUAUUUUCUCGAUAGUGAGGAAGCAUUAAAUGAACGUUUGAAAGUCAAUGCUAAUAAAGGAUGUGACAAGGAUUUAUUAAAAGAUUUGGAUUUAGCGAUACGGUCAGUUAAUCCAUAUGCAAAAAGCUAUAGAAUGUUGAAAACCUUGGAAAAUGAAGAAAUAAGUAGGCAGUCACAAAAUUCCACCACAGUAGCAACUGAAAAUAAUGUUUCCAUGAUGAUACGUCAAGAUAGAACUGUUGAUUGUAGGCGCUAUAAUUUACCUAAUUGUAGUGAAGUGGCUGUUAUAUUCAAAAACAAUGAUGGUGCUCCACCUUUUCAACGUGAUAUUCGCAUUUAUCCAAAAUCUGAGAAUAAUAAUGAGUUUAUAAAUAUCAAUAUUCUUAGCUGUAAUUUAGACCCCAUGUGUUAUACUCUAAUGUUUCCUUAUGGAGAACCUGGAUGGGAGCCUAAUAUGCUCAGUGUAAUUCAAAAUGAUGAUGAAAAAGAAAAGCACAUAACGAUGUUGCAAUAUAAAAAAUCUAAAUUAGCUAUAACUAGAAAACAACAAAAUCCUUUGCUAAACUAUGGAAAAUUACUUCAACAAUAUGUUGUUGAUUCUUAUGUGCAAGUUGAAGCCUACAGAUUGAAUUAUGUGAAAAAUCAUCAACAAGAUUUGAGAGUAGAAAGUUACACUGGUUUAAUGGAUUAUAUGAGAAAUAAAACAGAUGAAUAUGGUUGUGAUGUAGGAAAGCAAGUUAUUUUACCUAGCACUUUUGAAGGUUCCCCUAGAAAUAUGAGAGAAAAGUAUUUAGAUGCAAUGUCAAUUGUUGGUAGGUUUGGAUCCCCAGAUCUAUUCAUUACAUUCACUUGCAAUCCUAAAUGGCCAGAAAUAUCAGAUAAUUUAUUAUACUCACAAACUGCAAGUGAUAGACCUGAUUUAGUAUGCAGAGUAUUUUCAUUAAAAUAUAAAGAAUUGAUUUAUGAUAUUGUAGAAAAUAAAAUAUUUGGAGAAGUUCAACAAGCUAUGAAGACAUUCGUACUGUGA